CCUGAAUCGAGCAGCAUGCUGAUUAAUCAACCAAUCAGAAUCAAUUAAUCGACCAAACAGUCAAUCACUCAAUACAAGAAAUCCUUUUUUUUGUGAGAUUGAUUCCUCAUCUGACAUUAGCAGUACACCAAAACCGCUGAAGAAAAUUUCAUGUUCGAUCCUAGUUUGGAUCUUCAGAGCGCGGAAGGAAACGAGACUGGUUUCGGUAAUAGAAGGAAACGAGACUGCUUGUGCUUUCACACGACCAUCGAGAAUCACUAGGAGCGUAGGCCUGCAUCUACCACGACGACCAAAAGCAUUUGCGUUUCUGGCUGCAUCAGGGCCGCCCGCGGAAAAGCAAACGUGCUGCCGCAGUGGAAGAAGACGACCUCAGGGGAGGAAAACGACCUCAGGGGAAGAAAACGACCUCAGUGGAAGACUAUCUCAGUCGAGUUCUGACGUGGUGGAACAAGUCGUGGAAUUCGCAAGGCGCACUCUUGUAGCCGAAGACCUUGGAUUUGACGGCAGAUCUGUAGUUAUAAACGAGCCUUAAUCCUCUUCCCGUGGAUUUCGUUGGAGGGCAUAUCUCUCGCAGCAUGCUGCUCAAGGACUAUCGAAGCAUGUUGCUCAAGUACUAGUUUCCUGCAGGAGACGAAGAAGGGCGCGGUCUAGUACUGGUUGUAGCCUGAAAGCCAAUGAUUUGCAGUAGCAGACAAGGUUUUUAUCUGCAGCACAACAAAGAUCAAGAUGACGACGGUCGCAAGAAAGAGGUUACUAAGGGACCUGAAGAAGCUGCAGUCGGAUCCACCAAGUGGGAUUAGUGCAGCACCUGUCGAAGAUGACAUCAUGAACUUAUGGACAGAAUACUAUUGCCUACUAUAAUUACUAGAAUUAAUUCGUCAGGGAAAUCUUAGGCAGAUAGCCGAGUAGAUUCGUAUCAUCACUAUAAUUACUAGAAAAUUUUAGAAGAACUUCAACUAUUGGAUACUAAUUACUAGAUAGAAGAUCACAGUCAUACUAACUAUUGCACUGUACGAAAUAAAGUUGGUGUUAUUCUUUCGAGGUAGUUCCUUGGGGUCUCGUCCCAAAGGGACUUGGUAGAUUGCAUAGUGAUAGCAUAAUCAUCAUAGGGGAGGUGAAAGGACCAUCGUUGGAGAUCACACAGUGAACAAAAUAUGCCAAAGGGCCAUCCUUGUCGUACUAAGAUGAACUCUAAUGUUGUGGUCAGCGGUCAUAUUUGGCCCUGAAGAUACAGCCUGGGAAGGCGGCGCUUUUCACCUGAACGUGACAUUUAAUGAGGAGUUCCCAACGAAGCCUCCACAUGUACUUAUAAUUUCCAACAAAGCCUCCACAUGGGCUUAAUUUUCAACAAAGCCUGCUCCACCUUUACUUCCUUUGCAAAGAAAUUACGCACCGCUUUUGCUUUCCUCGAAGAGUCGCUUCUUAAAUUCAAUGGCUUACGAGAUUGCGCCACUAUUAGAGCCCUGUUUUGUCCCGCCGUUAGGCCAGUAGUACAAAAUGGGACGCUCACGCUGCUGAUGUUGUAGGAUUUUCCGCGCAUUCUCACUCAUUAAGACGCCCUCCAAUCAAUUCACUCAAUCCCUGACCAUCUUCCGUUUGACACACAUCUUCAUCCAAUCUAUCAAUCACUGGACAUCUUCAAUCACUGAAUAUCUCAGUCACUGAACAUGAUUCAAUCACUAACCACUUGCACCAGAUACGUUUCGUGACGAAGAUGUUUCAUCCAAACAUCUACUCUAGUGGGGAAAUAUGUCUCGAUAUCCUUCAAAACCAGUGGAGUCCGAUCUACGAUAUUUCUGCGAUACUUACAAGCAUUCAAAGUACUAGAUAACUCUUUGUCAAUUUACUUUGAGCAAACGCGUUAUGGAUGAAGGGGAUCAAGGUGCAAGAGUGGGUCUCUUAAUAGAAAGCGGCCGCGUAUAUAGAUGCGAAGUGUCCGCCUGAAUGGCCUGACUACCUUUCUGCGGAGCACGUCGCCGAUAGACGCCCGAAGUGCGGCAACAAAGUGCGCCACUACGGGAGAAGCCUUGUAGCACCUGCGCCACUUUGGGGGAACCUUUGCCGCCACCCAAGUGCAGCGCGUCCGGCUUUGCCACUAAAGGAGGGGGCGGCGACUGUGUCACUGUGGGCAUUUCCGUGGUGGCCUUCGCCUAUGGCCAGGGAACUGCCCAGGGGGUUCUUGCUGCAGACCGCCACGGCGGUAACCCCGGCGCGGCUUUGUCUAUGCUGAGGCGGCGCGCAGAAUUCACGCACAAGACGACACGCAGGCACAUAGCUGGCCAGCAGUUCGAGGCCCUUUUCAGGCAGGGCCUUCCUUUGUGGCUCUUCCUUUGUGGGGUAUGGCGUGCCAAACACCACACCCCGCCCAAGCGAAGGCGCGCGGCGUUCUCGAACUCGAUGUGCGCGGCGGGCGUGUUAGUUAGUAGCCUGCGGCACUCUGCUGCGCCGCCUGCUGCUGUGGGUUUACGUGUCGCCAGUGGUAGGCAUACCGCGGGCGGCCUAGCGUCCGACCCCGAAGACACAGGAGACACAUCGAGCGAGCCAGCGCAGAAGUGACAAAGUCCGCAAUCUGUGGCCCCCACGUGGAAUAUUGCCGCCGCUAGAUCCCUACGGCCCCACUCUGGGCAGGCUGGACAAUCCGCGGAAACGUGGGGCGGGCGUGGUGCUAAUAUUUGCCGUGGGUUAUGGUUGUAUCUACGCGCCCGCUUUCCAAUGAGCGGGGUAGUAAUAGAAGUCCGCAGCUAGGUCUCAACGCCGUGCCCUUUCGAAAUGUACUGCCAGGGCCAUGCCGUGACCUGCUGCGCGCGUGCCGUUUCUUGGGCACGGCGCACGCGGUGGCGCGCUUCAGUGACAGCCUUGCGACAUCUCGCCAAUUUUGGAGGCUUUCGACUUGCGUCGUGCACAUCUCGACGAUACCCGGCGGCGCAACAACAUGCACAGCCCUCGGCUGCCCGUCGUCUUAUGUUCUUCGGUCUUCGAUCUUCUUCGGCAUAGUUGGGUCCGCCGUUUUGGUCGGGUGUCGAGCUCCGUCUGGAUUUCCUUCGGCAGCACUGGGAAGCUGCAGAGGAAGAACUCCGCUGAUGUCCGCAGCGCGUGCGGUGCAGUUUUCCAAUCUGAGGCCGCCGCGAUCGAAGAAGCCGGGGCCCGGGACACUUUCGCGGGCGCUGCUUGGUGUCGUUGCCGCAAGGUUGGGCCCCGGUGUCCCGUCCAUAUGGGUCGGGUUCGCGGGUGCUGCUGCUUGCAAAUAGGCCGCAGCCUUCGGAUCGCCCGGCCUUCUCGGGGUUAGGAUGCAUCUGGCGCUCGCACUACCCUCACAAGCCGGCGCCCCGUGCCAAGCUUCUCGGUGGUGAUGGUGCUGGUUUUUUUGAUGGUCAUGGCAUGGCAUUGCGUUGGCUUACUGCGUGCACCUGUCGAGCACGGGCUUGCUGGAGCUAAAAGCGCCUCGCAGCGUCGGGCUGUGCUUGCCGCCGGCGGUAUGCCACGCACUGGCUUCACGCACCUCACGCGGGUGCCGUGAAUAACGGCGGCAAAAGCGAGCAGCGAAAAACCAAGGGCACCCACCACCACCACCGCGCUGACCGCAACGCGCCUCCACCGGGCGCGCCCAUCGUGGGGCGCACUACUGCUGAGGUGCUACGGAGCCAGAAGGCGCAGGCGGAAGCCAUAAACCUCGCGCAAAAACAACGCCACAACCUGGGCCAGCAACUUCAGGGCGGGCGCGGAAGCUGGUCUUCCUUAGGGCUGUUCAUGGUUGGCCAGGGUACAGCUGUCCACGUCGUUCGCCCUCGGGUUUUUUCGUUAUCAUUCUGGCGUAAAAUUGCAGGUUUGCUGACCGAUCCAAAUCCGAACUCGCCCGCAAAUAGCGAAGCUGCGCAGUUAUGGAAUGAAAAUUAAGGGUUUUCGGAAUUUAGCGCAGUUAGUAGUUACCAUCUUCACACUUUCGGUAGAUAUCAGUACUAGAUACCGUGAUGAUGGUGAAGCAGCGGGCGCAACACCUCGGUUCAUGCUAGGCAAAUUCAAUUUAUUGAACCUUAUCUACCAAGACCCUCUGAAACCUCCACAACGUUAGCAAGCAUUGAUUAGCUUUCCUAAUUCACUUUGUUAUUCUCUCAAGCACUACCACACAUGCUGCAACUGCAAUAGGUUGCCAACUUACCACUACUGCUCCCGUUGUUCCUACGGCUACUAAGCUCUAAGAGAAUAGACGGGAGUACAACAGGAGAGUAGUAGCUAUCGUGGAAGAGUCCCUAGCUGGAUCGGACGAUUAAGGGUUGGAAGUUGGCCUCUCUAUGAGCAUCGCUAUGGCUUGUUCAAAUACGAAUGCCAUAGCCAUGCGAGCUAGGGAGGUCAAGUUUCAACCCCUAAGACGAUGACGACGAUGAGGGAGAGGGCGGAGAGGAAUGAUGGAUAAGAUUUCCGCGUUAUGGAGCUAAGCCCACGACUCGGCUGAAGCUGCUCCUUGCGAAUGAGGCUGAGCAUGUAAUACGAGCCAGGCCUCAUCGGAAUGAAUCGGCCUUAUAAUUUCAAUUGUAGGGCUUCGCCAACGCAAGAAGCUUCCUAGUGCUGGCCUCGAGACUAAUCAAUGUGAAUGUCGUAUUUGAGUACUAAAAUAUAUGUACACGAGUCGAAACAGGUUUUUUUGCUGUAGAAGUGAGUAGCAGCAACAACGAUAGUUCGCUUUUUAUCAUUUACCAGAGGAAUGAUUACGGAAAAAUGCCUCGCUCAGGUCAGACAGCCUCGACAUCAUCACAGCAAGAAAUUGGAAACUUUCUCGAAGAUACACAUUGCCACACGAACGAUCACUAGCGUCAGUGCGAUCACUAGAAAAUUAGAUCGAGAACGAAAGUUCACGAAAAAGAACACUAAAAAUGACCUAAGAUAAUUUUUUGAAUGAGCUUGCCUGGAAAGGGAAGCCCACGUUUUGGACACCAAAGUUUCAGGUAGAGCGAAAAUACCACACCGAAUGACUGGCACCAAAGUGCCGCACCAAAGUGAGCGAAUUCAGGAUAAGAUGCUUCCUUUCUUCCUAUGAUUCUGUUCUUUGUAGUUGUUCUUGUGGUUCAUUAUGAUCAUCUGCAUUUGCUUGUGGGAUCAGUCCGAAUUCAAACACAUCUGCACUUGACUUGUAUGCGUUUUACCUCCUAAUCCCUUGUGAUCAUCAGAAUAUAAUAGGUCUAACCUAUCCUAGAUCCUCUGCAUUUGCUUGUGUUGUAGCUACCCCGUGGGUAUACGGUGGUCACGAGCGGCCAUGUCAGGGGCACUCACAUCAAC